CCUUGGGGCUCGCUUGCGGCCUCACUGGAACACUGGAACACUGUCACUGGCAGCCGACGGCCCACGACCAAUCAAUCUUCGCUAACACGUCGCUGCCCCGACAAAACCUCGGCGCUCCUGCCGCGAGGUUGUCGUGAAUCGUGACGGGGGAAGAAUUGCAACGUCGAAUGUCCAAUCGACAGCGAACUCACAACCCCGUGAAUUGCGAAACUCAGAAACAGACUGAUCCAGCCCGACCGCUUGAAAGGGCCUCUGGCGGCGGCACUCAGGGAAAGCCCGCGACUCCGUGGAGGAAGGAUCAGAUUCACUGGAGAGUCGGUUGUGAUUGCUGUCUGAUGGCUGCAACGGUGACAGGAGUCGUGAAUGGCCUCGGCCUCAAUAUAUCGUCUGCCGGCGUGCUGCGAGUCGUGUGUUCACGCCAGGUUGGACGAGAGGUAGGGGGGGGGAUUGCCGAAAGCUCUGUACGUAAUUGCAGACAGGAGUCUGCUUUAGAAGACACACGGGGGGUUCUCGAAAGAAAUUGGUGGACUGGAAUGCACCUGGAGGAAGCUAGACUUCCAGGUCGCGGCGCGAAUAUCUACAGUACGCAGUUCUCCGAACACGGAUUCCCUUACUACCUUGAUGUCCUACCCUACUCGAGGGCGGGUGAUGCUGCAGCGGGCGCUGGCGGAGAGCCUAGCGCCAAGGAGUUAGGUGAUUGCUCCCGCAUCUUGUUCGUCCGAAGGAGCUUUGUAGCAGUGACGGGACUUCUCGUCAGGUUGCUGGGUGAGGUGGCUUUGGGUCCAGUUCAGGUUGUGGGGCUUUGACCCAAGCGAUCCAGCCAAGGAAGCCAAAGGAAGCUACAGUGUAUGGAAUUUGCUGUUUGCGCCUUUCCUGUUUAGGCCACGGCUGCCAGGACCGCAAGACCGCAACAGUCAUCAGCUGGCAGCCACUGCCAUGGAUUUCAGCUGACGGGAAUGUAAACUAACUGUUCUGAGGCUUCCGGCUCGU